GACUACGUUAUCUCUUGGCAAGUAUGAACCCAGAGGGCCAAAUAGUGCGCUUUUCGCUCUUACACUCUUCUUUGCUGUUGACGUCGCUUUCAAUGGAAAAGACUUGCGGUUAUUAUGCAUUCCAAGCACUGGUAGCUUCUUUCUUGAGGAUGUUCCGCAGUUCAUUGCUCAG